AUGCAGAUGGAAAAGGAAGUCGAUGGGCUCGGAGGCACUGCCGACGGAGAGGAGGAAGUCAUUCCCCUCCAAAAGGUCAACUGGGAACACCACGGCCCGUGGUCGUGGGUGUCCGUAUGCUCUCGACCGGGAGUGAGGUGGGUCUGCGAACGUACCAAGUCGGACGAAUUUUCCGAAGUCGCGAGCGGCCUGACCAGAACUUGGAGCCGACGCCUGAAGAUGAAGAGGUAUCGACCACUGCAGAUCAAAUACCCCGAUCCAGCUCUGGCGCUUGCCUGGAAGUAUGUUGAAGGGUACUUCGAGCAGUCGUACGAUGCCGUCUUUGGCAUCGUUCAUCGUCCGAGUUUCGAAGCUCGACUUCACGCCCAUUUUGAAAAUCCCACUGCCGCCGCCCAAGAUGACGGUCCUUCGUGGUUUGCGCUGCGCAAUAUCAUUUUUGCGGCUGGCAGCAGAUGUGUGCUUGCGGCCGAUCCGACCGUCUCGUUCGUGCAGGCGGAAGUUCAGGCCGCCCAGUACUUUCAGAAUGCUUUAUCCGUCUUUAGUGAGAUUAUUUUUGGCCACUCGGGGUUUACUGCAGUCCAAGCUCUUGCACUUAUGGCAUUCUACUCGGAAGGUCUGGGAAGCCCGGCCUUGGAAUACCCGCUGUGCACCAACGCUGUGCAAUUGGCCCAAGCGAGGGGGCUGCAUCGCGAGCCACCCAAGUCUUGGGGCUUGUCGGCCUCGGACGACUUGAACAGACGGUGGCUGUGGUGGGCCAUCUACUGUCUCGAGAAACAAAUCGCAUUUAGGAGUGGGCGUCCGUCUUUAAUUGAUGACAACAAUAUCAGUACGACCAUCCCAACAUCGGCACCUCCGGGAAGCACCAACGACGUCGAGGCGUUUACGCUAAUCGUCAGACAUGCGCAAAUAUCGUCCCAGAUCUCCCAUCGAAUCAUGUCAGUCAAGGCGUUCAAGCAAGCUCCUGCCCAAGUCCUCGACACGGUACACGACAUUCACAACAAGCUACAAGAGCUUCUGCAUUCACUUCCGGCUGACCUCUCCGUGGAUCCCUCCGAGUCCGGGGACUCUCGCCGGCCACGCCCACGGUGGACUCAAAGCCUCUAUCUACAUUUCGCCAUCCACGGCAGUCUAAUGGCGACUCAUAUCAUUCUCUUCUAUCCGUGGAUCGCAGCUCGGUUCGGGACAGAAUCCGACCCGGUGUUUCACAAUCAGGUCCUGAGCUCGUCAAAAACCAUUGCGAAUUCCGCGAGGCAGAUCAUCCGGAUCCUGCGCUCGGUGACGACAGACAUUGCCGCCCCGGCCUGGUUGACCUUCUACUAUCCGAUGUAUGCCCACAUCAACCUCUUUGUCUACUUGCUCAAAUUUCCAUCCUUGUCGAGCGUCCUGGGAGAUUUGGCGUUGCUCGACAUGUGUACCGGGCACUUUGGCCACAUUGAACAUGUGACAAAUUCGGACAUUUCGUUUCACUUUCCCCGUGAGUCGGCCGCAUUAUGUCUCAAGUUCAUCAAGGCAAAUCAACCCCAAGGCAGAGAGAGGGAGACGGCGCCUGGAACGCCACAAGCAGGGGCCAACCCGACACUCCAUUCCAACCGAUCGAGAAAUGAUUUGGAGGAUAUCGACAGUCAACUCACAUCUUCAGCGUCACGCGAUCUGACCAACGGUAAUCUAUUUGACGCUAUGGAUAUUGAUGUGGAAUCUUGGAAUAUCUUUUCGUCGAUCGACAUCACGAGCGAUCUGACGGCUGCAUUCGGCGCGUUUGUGCCCGUUGAAAAGGAAACGAAUGAAUCUUCGACCUCUUAG